AUGGAAAGAAUAAACCAACAGAAAGGGUUUCAUUCCGAAGAACAAUGGAAGAUCGCCAAAGCCAUUAAAGAUGGUUUUGUUUCUGUACAGAGCGAAAUGUGGAGACACAGAGGUUAGUUAACUUGUGGUAUGGUUCAUAAAAAAGUGAAAAAAAAAACAAGAUUUAUCUUACAAGAGCAAACGCGACCUUUCAGUGAAGCUAGAGUUGUAUUGCAAGGGACAGGGCUGUUGAGAAUUUGAGUGCUCUCUUAUUUCAAACGCCUCUUUCAGAAUUGAAAUAACACUAUAAAAAAGUUAACAGCGGAUGAGCAAUACAGACUGAAUACAAUUUAGAUGAAGCAACUAAUUCACCAUAGAGUUCUAGGAGUUGCUUGAACUUUCUAACAAACAUAUCGCUUCAAUUCAAUUCGUUUUAACAGAUGUUGUGUGAAGGACCUUCGCUUGUGAAAUUUUUUUACUCGGUGGGUGAGAAAGCGUUAAGAUUGAAUGGAGAUGAUGUUCUUCCAAGGAGACCAGUAUCGAUAUAAGAUCUCUCCCGAUGAAGUUAAAGACAGGGUCGCUGCAAUGGAGGAUCACUUACAAUCUAUUGGUGAGACACACCCAGCAGGAAUAGGGCUGCCGCUCAUCAGCAAGUUAAAAAUUCCGACUUUUCACUCACCUUUCAUUCAAGAGAAACAAUCAAUGUGUACGUUCGCUUUAGCUUUUUGCUCCGGCUAUUGAUAUUUUUCUCCUCAUUUUCAAGCUCUUUCCACUCUUUGCAGAAAGAGGAAAAAGGAAUUUGGACACAAGAAUUAACAAUGAAAACAACUGACCACAGCUAUCACAAGUGUCAGGCAUAGAGUGUCAUAUUGAUCGCUUUGCUUGCUUUGCAGCAUUUUUUUUGGUCUUUUCCAACAGAAAAUGCAUUUCAAAGUCUUGAGGAAAACUUAUGAACUGUAAACCGUAGAACAGACUUCCCCGACUUUUCACUGACUUUGACAAUAUCAAAGAUUUUCCCUGACCUUAAGGAAGGGAUAACAUGCAAGAUUUCAUCAGUUUCCUGAAACCCUGGUUCAGGUGAUUCUUUUUUGCCAUUUUUGACGCCCAUGGGGGGCCAGAAGCUGGCGAUUUCGCCAGGAAAAAUUUAAUGGAAAGAAUAACCCAACAGAAAGGGUUUCAUUCCGAAGAACAAUGGAAGAUCGUCAAAGCCAUUAAAGAUGGUUUUGUUUCCUUGCAGAGCGAAAUGUGGAGACACAGAGGUAAGUUAACUUGUGACAUGGUUCAUAAAAAAGUGAAAACAAACCCAAGAUUUAUCUUACAAGAGCAAACGCGACCUUUCAGUGAAGCUAGAGUUGUAUUGCAAGGGACAGGGCUGUUGAGAAUUUGAGUGCUCUCUUAUUUCAAACGCCUAUUUCAGACUUUAAAGAACACUAUAUAAAAGUUAACAGCAGAUGAGCAAUAGAGAAUGAAUACAAUUUAGACGAAGCCACUUAAUUCACCAUAGAGUUCUAGGAAUUGCUUGAAAUAUUCUGACAAACGUAUCACUUCAAUUCAAUUCAUUUUAACAGAUGUUGUGUGACGGACCUUCGCUUGUGAAAUUUUAUUACUCGUUGGGUGAGAAAGCGUUAAGUUUGAAUGGAGAUGAUGUUUUUCCGAGGAGACCAGUAUCGAUAUAAGACCUCUCCCGAUGAAGUUAAAGACAGGGUCACUGCAAUGGAGGAUUACUUACAAUCUAUUGCUGAGACACCCCCAGUAGGGACAGGGUUACCACUCACCAGCAAGUUAAAAAUUUCCUGACUUUUCACUGACCCUUCAUUCAAGAGAAACAAUCGAUGUUUACGUUCACUUUAGCUUUUUGUUCAGGCUAUUGAUAGUUUUUUUCUUUAUUUUCAAGCUCUUUCCACUCUUUCCAGAAAGAGGAAAAAGGAAUUUAGAAGAAAGAAUUAACAAUGAAAACCACUGACCACAACUAUUAUAUGUGUCAGGCAUAGAGUGUCAUAUUGAACGCUUUGUUUGCUUUGCAGCAUACUUUUCAUCUUUUCCAAAACAAAAUGCAUUUCAAAGUCUUGAGGAAAACUUAUCAACUGUAAACCAUAGAACAGAAUUCCCUGACUUUUCCCUCAAUUUCACAAUAUCAAAGAUUUUCCCUGACCUUAAGGAAGGGAUAACAUACAAGAUUUCAUCAGUUUCCUUAAACCCUGGGUCAGGUGAUUCUUUUUUUGCCAUUUUUGACACCCAUGGGGGGCCAGAAGCUGGCGAUUUCGCCACGAAAAAUUUAAUGGAAAGAAUAACCCAACAGAAAGGGUUUCAUUCCGAAGAACAAUGGAAGAUCGUCAAAGCCAUUAAAGAUGGUUUUGUUUCCUUGCAGAGCGAAAUGUGGAGACACAGAGGUAAGUUAACUUGUGAUAUGGUUCAUAAAAAAGUGUAAACAAACCCAAGAUUUAUCUUACAAGAGCAAACGCGACCUUCCAGUGAAGCUAGAGUUGUAUUGCAAGGGACAGGGCUGUUGAGAAUUUGAGUGCUCUCUUAUUUCAAACGCCUAUUUCAGACUCUAAAUAACACUAUAUAAAAGUUAACAGCAGAUGAGCAAUAGAGAAUGAAUACAAUUUAGACGAAGCCACUUAAUUCACCAUAGAGUUCUAGGAAUUGCUUGAAAUAUUCUGACAAACGUAUCGAUUCAAUUCAAUUCAUUUUAACAGAUGUUGUGUUAAGGUCCUUUGCUUGUGAAAUUUUUUUACUCGGUGGGUGAGAAAGGGUUAAGUUUGAAUGGAGAUGAUGUUCUUCCGAGGAGACCAGUAUCGAUAUAAAACCUCUCCCGAUGAAGUUAAAGACAGGGUCACUGCAAUGGAGGAUUACUUACAAUCUAUUGCUGAGACACCCCCAGUAGGGACAGGGUUACCACUCACCAGCAAGUUAAGAAAUUUCCUGACUUUUCACUGACCCUUCAUUCAAGAGAAACAAUCGAUGUUUACGUUCGCUUUAGCUUUUUGCUCAGGCUAUUGAUUUUUUUCUCUUCAUUUACAAGCUCUUUCCACUCUUUGCAGAAAGAGGAAAAAGGAAUUUAGAAGAAAGAAUUAACAAUGAAAACAACUGACCACAGCUAUCACAAGUGUCAGGCAUAGAGUGUCAUAUUGAUCGCUUUGCUUGUUUUGCAGCAUACUUUUCAUCUUUUCCAAAAGAAAAUGCAUUUCAAAGUCUUGAGGAAAACUUAUGAACUGUAAACCAUAGAACAGACUUCCCUGACUUUUCCCUCAAUUUGACAAUAUCAAAGAUUUUCCCUGACCUUAAGGAAAGGAUAACAUGCAAGAUUUCAUCAGUUUCCUGAAAUCCUGGUUCACGUGAUUCAAAUUUUUGCCAUUUUUGACGCCCAUGGGGGGCCAGAAGCUGGCGAUUUCGCCAGGAAAAAUUUAAUGGAAAGAAUAACCCAACAGAAAGGGUUUCAUUCCGAAGAACAAUGGAAGAUCGUCAAAGCCAUUAAAGAUGGUUUUGUUUCCUUGCAGAGCGAAAUGUGGAGACACAGA